CAAGUUAGCAGGGUGAAAUGGCGUGCUGGACGGUGAAGGCGCAGAUGCUGGGAGGCGAUGGAAUGCCAGAAAUACGGCGAUUUUCGUGUUCGUCAGCCACUACCUUCCAUCAACUGUACCAAAAGAUAAAAGUCAUGUUUCCUGAACUCCUCAACAGGCAUUUUAGUCUUCAUUGGAAAGAUGAAGAUGGGGAUUUUGUGUCCUUUUCCUCGGACGAAGAAAUGUCGGAGUUUUCAAAGAAUCUCGUUGACGGUUACUUGAAGAUAUUCGUGAAAGUACACAUUCCGUUCACCCAGAAGCCAAAUUUUGGGCCAACUGGAUCAAAGCUGUCUGAAGUUGAAAGAGUAGAAUUUAUGCAAUAUGUUGCUGCCGGCUUAAAGAUAUUUCUUGAUUAUAUGACAACACUUGGAAAGAAUGGCAGCAAAGUUUCAAGGAACGGUGGUCAAAUGGAAUCUGAUGACGUCAUAUUCCACAGUACUCCUGGAAACGAAAGCGAAAAAUCAAAUGAAGCAGACUCUGAGGCUGCUGUCCAGGAUCAAGAUACUGAUACUUUGGAGCGCAAACACGACUCAGGUUCUGAAAGCGAGGAGAAAGAAACAAUGAAACAACAGACAGACCACAAAUCAUCAUCACCAGAAGAUACUCCUAAAUCAAGUGGUCAUAUUGACGAGGCCAUGCAGCAGUUGAUAUCCAUGGGCUUCCACAAUGAGGGCGGAUGGCUCCUUCGUCUAUUAGAAGAAAAAGAUGGCCGAAUUGAUGACGUGUUGGAAGACAUUUUUUCUGAGGAAUAUAUUUCGAAAACAAGGCGACAGAAUCAGUAUAGAUCAGGACUGAUGUGUACCGGUUGUUCGGACCACUUGUCUGAUGAGGAAGUUUGGUACCGAUGCCCCCUGCGUCCUGAUGUCAAUCUCUGCCAACAUUGUAUGGAACGAGGAGUCCAUAAAAUAAACAAGUGUUUUUGGGAAAAUGAGAGUAUUCCAUUUAAAAAAGUUUUUCAACACUUGGGAAAACACUUUGAUGAAGAUGGCGACAGACACAGCAAAGAAAAGGAUGAGAGUCGCAGUUAUGAGGAAGAAUUCAUGAAAACAUUUAGCUAUGUUUUUAAGAACAUUUCAAAAGUAUUUCCAGGAAUGUUUGUAUCAAAACCGAAACCCGAAAACGCAAAACCAAAAUCAAGAGAAACCCCUAGAUCGUGUUCGAAACAAAAAGAUGACGACUCGGAAGAAGUUAAAAUGGAAACAACUGGAAAUUCUGACGUAGAUGUUGACGGGCCUGCAGCAGGGACAGACUCGUCCAAAAAUGACGGACAGUGGACUUUUUUAGAGGACGACAUUCUUCAAACUGAGCCCAAACAGGAACUGGAAGGUAAAACGGAAACGGAAACAAAUGCUUGCCAAGCCGACAAACCACAGAAGGCUGAACAAUCUCCGGGUUUUGAAAUGAUGGAGCCACCAAGUGAUCCAAUGAUUGCCGAAUCCCUAACGGAAAUGAUGUCAAUGGGUUUCCACAAUGAUGGAGGAUGGUUACAGUGUCUGCUGGAAGAGAAGGAUGGUAACAUCGAGAAGGUACUGGACAUCAUACAGAAGAGUGCCAAAGAAAACAAAUAAAUGGAUUUCAUAUAAGAUUAUUUUAUUUCUAUCUGAUUAUCUCGGUAUGAUAUAAGUGUGAUAAGUUUGGAUA